GCUCAUAUACGCCAGGCCAGACCAGGUCGCUGCAGAAGUCUUCAAUGCUGGUCCACAGUCGGCAGACAUGGAGCAAGCAAGCCUACGUGUCUCGCGCGUGUCGCCAGCAAUGGCAGAAUGCGCAUCAGCGACGGUGGAACAGCCAGCAGCAGCAGACAACAUCGUCGCCUUCCGCACCCACCGCCGCCGCCGACUCGUGGUUCGACACCAUGAACGAAAUCAGCGAUGAAUAUUCGGAGCACAAGCAGAAAGGCGGGCGACAUAGACCAGAGGCCCGGAAACGGUCGAGCUCUCGUUCAGACAGAUCACGGGCACGCGAUCUCCAGUUGCCAGCAACCUCCUUGGCGACGUCUGCGGAAGUUGGUGUUGCACCAUCUGCCAGUUACAAGGAGGGAUCGGGACAAGCAGAAUAUGGGGAUCGACGAAAACAGCCAGUGGCUGACGAGCCUAGCAGCGAUGUUCUCGUCUCCGAGCUGCUGAGCGAAUUGAAGGUUGAGGCGGACGCAAGGCGCAUGAAGCAUGAGAAAAGCACUGCGCCGCCCAAAGACACGGGCCUCAGGCCAUUCCCUACUUUUCGAGGGCCACCGCCACGGCCUGUCGAUUUGCUAGAAGUGCCCCCUGGAAAAACUACUGCAGAUGCAGCUGGUGAAGGCACAAGCAAACCGAAAGUUUGGAAGGCAAAGACAUCACCAGUCGAGAGUGGGCUGGGUGGUCAGGUCGAAAAUCGUGUACUUCUUGAUCAGCCAAUAGGUUCGAUGGAUCGCCUCAAGGAGACACAGUCGCGCAAGCCGUGGGGAGGCGCUGCUCGGGAACGAGCCUCCAGUCCUCCGCCAAAGGCAACCUUCGACACCCUCGCCAAAGCCGAUCGAACAACGCCAAAGGAACAUAUCGAGACAUCCGUCAGCAAGAGACCAUUUGGAAUCAUGGACAGCCUGAAGAAGCUGUGGCGAGGGCCCCCCGAAGGUCCUAUGGAGGGUCUCCGAUCGAGUCCUCUCACGGAAAAAGAGCCUGAUGACAGUUAUACAGCAAAACCUACUUCUGUUGCAUCAGCGGCUGGCACGACUGAGGAUAACGUUUCAGACAACGUUGAACUCGUCCAUCCACUGUCUGCGGACGCAGCAAGCCCCUCGAAUUUUCAGUCGUCCGAGCCCGGCAUAGCACCGCCGCCAGAAGCCCAUGAGGCAGCUUUAUCGAGUCUGACGAAACUGUACACAAAGGGGUCUCCGCUCAGUGAAGAGUCCCGUAAUACAACGUCGCGCGCCGAGGGCGAAGUUACAGAGCAUUCACAGGCAGACCCUAAGGCAGAACCCCCCCAAAACGGUACUCUGGCUCAAGGGACUGAUUCACAUGAAUCUGGGCCGAUUCAAAAAUUGAAGCUUGAACCCGCACAGCUGAGAUUGGAACAACUGGAAGCCGAAAAGCUAAAAUUGCAGCCACUCGCAGCAACGCAGGACACGGCGCCGAGCCGGGCAAAAAGGAGAAGACUCUCAAGGCGAGAUCGCAAUGCCACUCGCGAGUUGAGUAAAUCUCCGACGCCUCAUCUCAGCAGUUCAGAGGAACACGAUAACCGGAGCGAGCUCGCCGGAACGACUGCACAUAGUUUUGCUGACCAAGUCUCUGGGUUGUCGCUCAGGGAUGCUAUGAAUGGUGGCGCGAAGUCAGAAGCUACUCGCGCAAGGCCCGUAUUCAGAAAAGUACCUCAAAGGAAGGCCCACGUCGAAGCCCCAGCGGCAGUGCAACAAGCUGCGGAAGAAGUAAACCCGGUCGUGGAAGAAGUAAACCCGGUCGUGGAACCAGAAUCCGUGUCGGAGGUGGGUGAAGUCGGAGUCGAAGUGGAGGAACAGGCUCGAGUAGACCUGCAAUCGGUCCAGCUGACCGACUUGGAGGUGAAGCAACUUGAGCUUCCACAGCCUCCUGUUCCGUUUCUAGAAUAUGGCUUGGAUAGAGUGCUUUUCAAUCCUGGCAUCUAUCAGCUUCAGGACGCAGCAUCCCGGGUCUACAAUUUUGAUCCCUACCUGCAGAAGAUUAUGCCUGUGGAACAAUUCGACUUCAACUCACUCAAGGAAUAUAAGACCUCCUCUCAAGAUACUGCACUUGCUGAGGUUGCAAAGCAGGAGGGAACUCGCUAUGUUGGGUCCACAUCGAGUAUGACAAGCUCUCUCGCACAUUUCCACUAUCUUAUUUCCAACUGGCGACCGCUCAACCUGAACAUGUUGUCACAUGGGUACUUCGGCCCAAACACCAGAUCGCAGUACACCAAAAUCACCAAAGCUCCUAGCGCCAUUUUCUUGAGGUGGAAAAAUGGUUCCUAUGCUAUCGAUGCUGACAAAGAAUACGAUUCUCCUAACGUGUUGAUGCUACUCGGAAAAUCCAUGGAGUUGCUUUUGACCUUGCCAAAAGACGAAUAUGAGAAAUACCGCAAAAGUGACCCGCGAGAGGUGUCUGAAGUGCAGCGCACAGCUCCGGAAAGCUAUCAAUACUCUACGAUGGGUGACUUCUUGAUGCGAUCCCAGCUUGACGCUUAUGAUCCUCGCUUGCCCGGGAAUGGCACCUUCGAUCUCAAGACUCGUGCCGUGGUGAGCAUUCGAAUGUCGGCCAGAGAUCAUGAGAAGAUGACUGGAUAUGAGAUCUAUGGUGAUCAUGGAAGGUGGUGCUCGUACGAAAAGGAAUACCACGACAUGGCCCGAGCUACAAUGCUCAAGUACAUGCUUCAAGCUCGAAUGGGCCGCAUGAAUGGCAUAUUCGUGGCAUACCACAACGUCAAGCGCAUCUUUGGGUUUCAGUAUAUCCCCAUCUCGGAAAUGGACAAACUGCUGCACGGCCAGACCGAUCCCAGUCUCGGCGACCAAGAAUUCAAGGCAUCUUUGAGAAUUAUGAACGACUUGCUGAAUAAGGCCACAGCCCAGUAUCCCGAGCAGUCUUUGCGAAUACAUUUCGAGACCCAAGAGUCGCGCGGUGAUGAUGAUUCGCCCACACAUCUGCACAUGUUUGCAGAGCCGAUGACGGAAGAAGAGAUUGAUGGCAUACAGAACAAGAACAAGGAGAGGACUGCCGAAUACGAACGUACAGUCAUGGGCAAGGAGACAUCUUCAGCAACGAAUGCGAAGGAGAAAGCGGAAGGCGAAGGCGAGAAGGCUGCUUCUGAUGAAAGUGCAGCUACUGGCAAUGACCAAGACGAUGCCGGCGCUUAUGCUCGCCAACGUCUUUCUUCAUCAGACGCCCCAGCGGACCAGCCGUUUCUCGAACAAGUCAAAACUCUUCAGACAAGCGAGCUCAGGCCUCUCUUCUAUGCCACCGUAAUCGUACAGUCCCAAGUCAACGGAGCCAUCCCGGGGGAAGAUCGACCCAAGAAUCUGAAGGCUGACGACCAAUGGGAGCUCAAUUACCUGAUCAAAGACUACGACGUCACCAGCCACAUAUGGAGUUUGUAUAGUGAUAUGAAAGCUCGCAGAAGGGAAGCACUCUGGUUUGAAGAAGACGAGGGAGAGGUGGGCGAGGGACUUGAUGGCGAGGGCAAUCUUACUCCAAAGGUGGCAAAGCAGGAUGGAUAUCUGCAGUUUCUCGAGAGGUUGAGUAAAGAGGGUGACAUGCUCAGAGAGAAGAUAGACCUGGCGGAUCGAGAGAGUGGGAAAGACAAGGAUAUUGUGAGGGUCGAUGAUCCGCUGCCGAGUGUUCGGGAGAGCAUAUCUUCUGUUGAGGAUUAUAUGAGUUGGAUGUACAGGAGGGAGCAGAGGGAGUAAGCGGGCAAGUUGCUCGCUCGUUCCAUCACUUCUAUGACUCCUGUACAGUGUAUUAUGUAUUUUUGCAUAGCGCGGAGCGCAGGUGAGACGGGACAGUCUAGAGGCUUCGAUGAUGAGUAUCGCACGCCACUCCACGACACCAUUGUACAGCUAGGA